CCGCGUAGGAAGCUUUAGGGCGUUAAAGUUUCUGUAGUAAACCACUCAUCACCGAAAAUUGAUGCUUUUACGAGUAAAAUAAUUAACAAUAAGUAACCAUGGCGUGGACUAUGAGAAAUAGUAAAUUUCGCCAUGUAUUUGGAAAACCUUUAAAAAGAGACCAGUGUUAUGACAACAUCAGAAUCAGCCGUUCAUCCUGGGAAGCCCCCUAUUGUGAUGUCAACCCUAAAUAUGUGGCAGUGGUGACAGAUGCUGCUGGGGGAGGGUCAUUCCUUGUUUUACCAUUAGCAAAGGUAGGAAGAGUAGAAAGGGAUGGACCCCUUGUUUGCGGUCACAAAGCUGCUGUAUUAGAUGUCGCCUGGUGUCCACACAAUGAUGAUGUCAUAGCCAGCGCCAGCGAAGAUUGUACAGUUAAAGUCUGGCAGAUUCCUGAAGGUGGUUUAACAUUAAGCCUCACUGAACCCAUUGUCGAUUUAUUUGCCCAUCAAAAACGUGUAGGACAAGUGGUCUGGCAUCCCUCGGCUAUGAAUAUACUUGUCAGUUCUGGUUCCGAUAAUAUGAUAUUUGUGUGGAAUGUUGGGACAGGGGAGCCGUUAGUUCAGGUUUCGAUGCCAGACUUACCUCUGUGUGUCUCUUUUAACUAUGAUGGUAGUAAAUUAGCAGCAACAUGUAAAGAUAAAAAAUUACGAGUCAUAGAUCCAAGAACAGGUGAUUUCUUACAGGAAACAUCGUGUCAUCCAGGUGCCAAACCCGCCCGUUGUGUUUAUUUGAAAAAUGGGAUCAUAUUAACAACAGGUUUCUCUAAGAUGAGUGAAAGACAAUAUGCCAUAUGGGAUGAGAACAAUUUGGAGAAACCGAUACAGUUAGACGGUAUAGAUAAGAGUAACGGAGUUAUGUUCCCCUUUUACGACCCAGAUACAGAAAUGGUAUAUUUAAUCGGAAAAGGUGAUACAAUUAUACGAUACUAUGAAAUAGUUAAAGGUGAUAAUGGACCAGAAAUGUUUUAUCUUUCAUUGUACCAAGCUUCAGAUCCACAGAGAGGAAUGGGUUUUAUGACCAAGCGAGGUUUGAAUGUCAAUCAAUGUGAAAUAGCAAGAAUCUACAAAUUACACAAUUCAGGCCUCUGUGAAGUAAUUCCAUUUACAGUUCCAAGAAAGUCUGAUCUCUUUCAAGAGGAUUUAUAUCCUGAUACAGCAGCUGACAUGCCGGCUAUUUCUGCUGAAGAAUGGUUUGCUGGUAAAAAUGCUGACCCUAUUUUGAUUUCACUGAAAGACGGAUAUGCACCAAGUAAAAAAGAAGCGUUUAAAGUUGUGCGGAAGUCAAAUGUUUUAGAUAAAAUGCCAUCUCGGGCAUCUGUCGGUGCCAUUUUGUUUUUCACUUAA